CUGAGCCAUCUCUCCAGCCCCUAACUCACACUCUUCAGAAAGUCCAGAAACUUCAUCUCUGGUUUAGUAUAGAAAAUCCAGGUUGGGAAUGAAUACAGUGAUUUGUUUAUUCUAGGCGCUGUGUACUUCUGGCCUGAGAAAUGGAGCCUUUCAUCCAGAGGAGGCUUGCGGAAUCGACAAGAGAACUGCCCCCUGUGAAGCUGUGUGUGUGAGAAGAGAGACAGAGACAGAGAGACGAAGUUCCCUGAAUUGCCGAAGUUGAAGGACACUCUAAAGAUGGUGCCUGGUGGAAGAAAACAUUCUGGGAAAUCUGGGAAGCCGUCAUUGGUGGAUCAACCUAAAAAUGUCUUUGACUUUGAGAAAGAGGAUAAAGAUUUGACUGGCUCAGAGGAGGAUGUUGCUGAUGAAAAGAUUCUAGUAACUGAGAAACAUGGGAAGAAAAGACCUGGAGGAAGAGUUGAAGAUGUGGGAGGUGAAGUACAGAAUAUGCUGGAAAAAUUUGGAGCUGACAUCAACAAAGCUCUUCUUGCUAAGAGAAAAAGAAUAGAAAUGUAUACCAAGGCUUCUUUCAAAGCCAGUAACCAGAAAAUUGAGCAAAUUUGGAAAACACAACAAGAGGAAAUACAGAAGCUUAACAGUGAAUAUUCUCAGCAAUUUAUGAGUAUGUUUCAGCAGUGGGAACUGGAUAUGCAGAAAUUUGAGGAACAAGGAGAAAAACUAACUAACCUUUUUCGACAACAACAGAAGAUUUUUCAGCAGUCUAGAAUUGUUCAGAACCAGAGACUGAAAGCGAUCAAACAGCUACAUGAGCAGUUCGUAAAGAAUUUGGAGGAAGUGGAGAAAAAUAAUGAUAACCUGUUUACUGGCACACAAAGUGAACUUAAAAAAGAAAUGGCUAUGUUGCAAAAAAAAGUUAUGAUGGAAACACAGCAACAAGAGAUGGCAAAUGUUCGAAAGUCUCUUCAAUCCAUGUUAUUCUGAUGAGUCUUUGAAGAAAGAACUUGAACCUAUAUAAUAUGAUAGAAUUAAAACAUUAGCUAUGAGGCAUACCUUUAGAAACGAUAAUUUAAAACUAUAACAUCCAUAAUCAAUAGCUUGUUUAAGUAGAAGACUUCUGUUCCUGUUAACUUCUAAAUAAACCUAAACAGCUGUGUAAAUAGCAGCUGUUUCAUUGUAGUGAGCAUUCAGCUCUUUUGUUACAAUAGUGUAUUGUUCAUUUUUUAUACUAUUUCAUAAAUAAAAAUGAUUAAGUUUCAGUUU